GCAAGGCUAUUUUCAAGAGAUGGUAUGGCAGCGAGCUCGGCUCGGACUGUGAUCAGCUCCUCGAGCUGCUAGACGGCCUGCCCCUGGCGCUGGCGCAAGCGGCCUUGUACCUCAGGGAAAAGGGUGUCGACGUCGCGACGUACGUGCAGAUCUACAAACAGCAGUGGGACGAGCUGAUGGGAUCCCGCGAUGCGUCGAGCCGCCCACAUCUGGACUACGAGCAGGGAAGCAUAGCAACUGGUGGAUGGCGAGCGGAAGAAACCGAAAGACGGCUCCGUGGAAGAACUCUUUGGCCACAACGUUGUCCAGUCGUCUUCCUCGGAAGAUGGGGAAGAUCAGGCGCCGCCGCCUGACAAGAACUCCAAACUGGUUGAGAGCCUUCUCACGCAGGAGACGGUGGGACGCGGGCGUCCCAAGGCCCUCUGCUACGAAGACAUUCAAAUGAUGAUCGUGCGGCACCCCGUCACCGGACGGUGUAUACCGGCCAUGGCCAUCAAGUUCAUUCACCACAAGGGGGCCGAUAAUAAGCCUAGGCCGACCAUCUUCUACUUCACCCCCACUAGGAAGCUCCUCUUCUGUGCUGUUUCUACAGUCCUCGCCCUUGCCCUGCAUGACAACGCCUUCGACGCGCCGAGCUUGACAGACGCGGCGGCAAUAUUUGGAUCGAAGCCGCCAUCCUUCAAGGAUAGCACUCCGCUCCGCUGGAAGGCGUCCAAGUUGAAGAUCCCGGUCUUCCGUCGGUAUCGUGGGGCGACCCUCUCCGAGGAUGAGGCCAUGCUGUAUUCCAAACUCCGAGACGACAUCGGUGACCAGAGUCUCGACUCAGGACACGAGAGACGAUGGACCCCUAGGUUUGCCCGGAGAGGCGCCAGCAAUGCUGCCAACGGAGACGCGCCAGAUUCGGUGCGUGACCAGAUGAUGCGUCAUGACCCUCAAUUUGCGACAUUUCACAAUGCCUAUCUCAACGAGAUCGCCAACUUCGAUCUCCAGAAUGCAUUCCUGGAGGAAGAGAAGCAGAGCCAGCUGUUCCGACUGUUCGCCCACGUGAGUCUCACGCGCGAUCCUCGAGCCACCGCCGACAUGGUCCCUGACGAGGUGUGGGCAAAUCUCCCCCCGGACCCGGAGAUUGUCAAGCUUGAAGAGCAGCGCGCAGAACUCAAGCAGGGUAACUACCGGAUCGAUGGCCACAUAGACGAAGAAAAGAUCCGACAGCUCACCGAAAAAAUCAGCCAGAAGCGUGCGCACCGCUCCAGGCAGGUGGUUAGGCAAUACCGCGAGCAUUACUUUUAUAACCGUCCAACCUGGGAUAUUGAAAGACAAGCUCGGGGAGAAGAGGAGGAGGAGUACGCAGAGCCCGUCAUCAAUGUCACCAUCCCCGAACGUGCUGGAUUGGCGGCAAUUUUCUGCCACCAGCCCGACGACUGGACUGAAGAUCAGAUCUUCCAGCGAAAGAUCGAAGCCAUCGAUCUCAUGGUAGCUCUCUGCGACAAGAGGGAGACGGUCAAGCGUGACCGCAUUCAACAAAGGGCGAAAGCAUGCCUGGCCAUAAAAACCGAACCUCUCGAAACCGAACACAAAUCGUUGCCUAGCCCCGAUCGAUUUCCUCUACUCCUGCAUGCUGCGCAAUGCCCUGACUGCAUUGGCGAUGAGCGACUCUCCCGGGAGGAGCGCGCCUUCACAUACUGCCGUCCAACUGUCAUGAACGACCACUUCGAUGAUCAGCAUCUGAUUAGGCGCGAGCGCGCUGAGCAGAGCGGCGAGAGGAUCCGGUGUGAGCAUCCCAAGUGCAGAGAUCUCCGACUCCAACAUUUGGACCACUUCCAGAGGGUCCAUGGUGUCACCUUACGAUCGGCAGAGCAAGUAAAGCAGAGGCGACUACGAAGGACGAGACGUCGACAAAUGGUCAAGGGAAAACGCCAACAGUAAGAUGUAACGCAAUAGAAACGGCAGAACUAAGUCUGCCAAGGAUGAUAGACAAACAGUUGGUGUGCCGUGGGUGCAACGAUGACAUGGCUCACCAGUGAUAGACAGCAACCAGUAAAUCAUAAAGCGAGCUGUAGGGGCUUCGCAUAGGAAGGUAUGGACUCCGUCCUGAGACAGUGAUGGUCCCAGGGCUUCAGUCUUAGGACCAAACUAGCCCUGGGACUCCAGCGGUCACAGGACAGAGAUAGUCCUGGCAUAGGGGCGGUCUGGGUAUAUCGGUUGUCGUGGGACGUUUCUAGGCCUAGAAUAAUGGUAGUUCUAGGGCUUCAAUCGUUCGGCGGUAUUCGGACGUCAGUGUUCGCCGGUUCGGGGGAAAUCGGCGGGCUUGGUCAAAGGCGGGCUUGGUCAAAGGCGGGCUUGGUCAAAGGCGGGCUUGGUCAAAGGCGGGCUUG